UCGCAAUAAUGGCCGCCUGUAUCUUCUGCAGAAUCAUCAAGGGAGAAAUACCUUCCUUCAAGCUCUUCGAGAGCGACAAGGUUUUCGCUUUCCUCGACAUCCAGCCGCUCAGUCGUGGACAUGCGCUCGUGAUCCCCAAGUACCACGGCGCAAAGCUCACCGAUAUCCCCGAUGACCACCUCACUGAAAUCCUGCCCGUUGCUAAGAAAAUCGCUCAAGUAACCGGCGCAACUGACUUCAAUGUUCUCCAAAACAAUGGUCGUAUUGCGCACCAGGUUGUUGAUCAUGUCCACUUCCACAUGAUCCCCAAGCCCAACGAGGAGGAAGGCCUUGGAAUUGGAUGGCCUGCUCAGGCAACAGACAUGGACAAGCUCAAGGAGUACUACGAGUCGAUCAAGGCUAAGAUGUGAAGUGGCAGCCUGCGCAUUCUUGUACAUGUGGGCAUGCGUAUCCUGUAGGUACUUGAGUCUAUGUGCCCGGGAGGGUCUGGUAGCCUGAUGAUACAAUAGGAAGAAGCUUUCUUACAUCAAACAACUAGGGCCAGAGAAUAUAGGUCCAAAUCCCAGGCCCGAUGCUAGCAAAUACGGUGGUGUAUAUCGAACAAAAACAGCAUGACCAGAUAAUACAUCUCUAUCAAUGACACUC